CAUGAGGUGUCGUUAACAAAGCUCGCUUCUGAUUGGUCCGCCGGCUGUGGAGGGCGGGGCCAGAGUGCCAGUCUCUCCGGUUCGAGUCGUUCCAAUUCGACACCAGCUCCGUCCGUUUUGGGGGGUUCACGUGAGGCAAAGGGGACGAAGUUGGGCGGUGUUUUCAUCGGUUCUUCACGGAUCCCAGUCUAAAUUGUCAGUGGUCUCCGGUCCAGACACAGAAUGGCUGCACUGCGUCGUCUCAGGCAGUGCCACUCUGCAGGCAUGGCCAUCUCCCAAAUUCACACGAGCAGCCGUGCCCCUGCCACACAGCAUUACAAAAUGCUCGUGCUCGGAGGAGGAAGUGGGGGCAUUACGAUGAGUGCACGGAUGAAGAGGCUGGUUGGAGCUGAAAAUGUGGCCGUUGUGGAGCCCAGUGAGAUGCACUACUAUCAGCCAAUAUGGACGCUGGUCGGUGCUGGUGCAAAAACUGUAGCUUCGUCAGGCCGUUCCACCGCGAGCGUUAUGCCGUCUGGAGUGAAGUGGGUGAAAUCAAAGGUUCAGGAAAUCAAUCCAGACUCGAAUACUGUCCGCACGGACGAUGGGACUGAGAUCACCUAUGAGUAUUUGAUUGUGGCCCUUGGUUUAGAACUCCACUAUGAGAAGAUCAAAGGGCUGCCCGAGGGGUUUGAGCAUCCGAAGAUUGGUUCAAACUACUCGGUGAAAACUGUGGAGAAAACUUGGAAAGCACUGCAGGACUUCAAAGAAGGCAACGCUGUGUUCACGUUUCCGAACACCCCUGUGAAAUGUGCUGGGGCUCCACAGAAGAUCAUGUACCUGUCUGAUUGCUAUCUGAGAAAGACAGGAAAAAGGGCAAAGGCCAAUAUAAUAUACAACACAUCGCUACCCGUGCUCUUUGGGAUCAAGAAAUACGCUGAGUCACUGUGGGACAUUGUGAAGCGUCGGGACCUUCAAGUGAACCUUAGGCAUAAUCUGAUUGAAGUGCGCGCAGACAAACAAGAAGCUGUGUUUGAAAACCUUGACAAGCCAGGGGAAACCAAAGUGUUUGAGUAUGAAAUGCUUCAUGUCACACCACCAAUGGGCCCCAGCUCGGUGGUUAAAAACAGUCCAUUGGCCGAUGAGGCCGGCUGGUUGGACGUCAACAAAGACAACCUCCAGCACAACAAAUAUCCAAAUGUGUUUGGCAUUGGAGACUGUACCAGCCUGCCCACGGCCAAAACGGGCGCUGCUGUCGCUGCCCAGUCUGCUGUCUUGCAUAGUACUAUCAGCAAAAUACUGAGAAAUCAGAAACCAGAGAAGAAGUAUGACGGGUACACCUCAUGUCCAUUGGUCACAAGCUACAACACAGUGAUUCUGGCAGAGUUUGACUACAACGGACAACCUCUGGAAACAUUCCCCAUCAACCAAGCCAAAGAACGAAGAUUAAUGUACCACAUGAAAGCUGAUGUGAUGCCUCACCUCUACUGGCACGGGCUUCUUAAAGGCCUGUGGGGUGGACCGGGACCGUACAGGAAACUCUUUCAUCUGGGAAUGAAAUGAAACUAUUAUCAUCAGUGUGUUUGCCUAAAUAUUUAGGGUGAAAAAUAACACACAACAUCAAGUCCUUAUAGAAAGGUGGACAUACAUGUGGCUUUAACUGUAGUAUUCACAUCUUGAAUGUUAUGACCAAUCAAAGCACUUGGAUCAGCUUAUAUUUAACUUAUAGGCAAUUUUAAAUAGCAAGGUUUAUUUCAACCUGCAUAUAAGAGGUAUUUUUGCUAUUAUUACUAAUCUGUUUAGUAAUAAUCAUUUUAUUUCAUAAUUCAGUAAUUGAUCUUUAAAAGAUUCUCAAGAAUCUUUUAGUUCUUGUGGCGACGCAUUGAAUGAAAACUCUAGUUGCUUUGAUCAACCGCACCAUCAAAUCAGCGAUGAGAUUGUUUGUAGGAGCUGAGAACAAAGCUUUAGAGAUUAUUAUUAUUAUGUGUUGAUUUGUGCAACUCUGUGCUCCAGAGACAAAUUGAAGUCAGGCUUUGGCCUUUACUCAGUUUCUCUCUGGCCUGAAUUCCCCCAAUAAACAGACCUUAAAAUUCCCCUCAUUAAAUGAAUAACUGCCACGCAUAUUAUCUGCAUAGUUCAGUGUAACUGAUAGACGCAGAAUUAGUUGAUUGUUUUGUUUGUAGAAUAUUAGAGGACUCCCUGACUACAGCUUUAACCGCUGUCUGCCGUUCAUUAAGAGUCUUGUGUAAAUAUUAAGCACAGUAUACAAAUAUACUCUAUUUUCCAGAUUGCUACGUUUAAAAUUGUGUAUGUUUGUCUGUGGAAGUCAUUUAUCAAGUUUCAGAAGUUUCGUAACAUUAGGAUCUCAGUGGUCUGCUCUGACUUAACUGUGUGUAAAAUCACCUUGUUCACGGCACAGUCAUCCAUAAAGAGAUGUCUGUGAGGAUGCUUCGCUGUUAACAUGCAAACUACUACAGGUGAUUUUUCUCAUGUCUAAACAUUAAUGUCAGACGUAUUGUUUUGUACCUAGUGAUUAUUUUUUUACCAGUCCACCUGACUUUUAUACAUCUUCGUGGCUUCACAGUCGGCAGUGUCUUCAUUGUAUGUUAAAAAAAAAGAAAAAUACAUCCAUUGCCUUUGAACUAUUAAAACGACUGAAAGCUUCCGAAA